AUGGCAUCCGUUCAGAAAGUACUUGAUACUUUCCACAUUGGGGGCAAAGCAGAAGCUGCCCCUCCUAAAGAGCCCAGCUCCACCGAGCUUGAACAGCUCAAGGAGAAGUACACCAAAGCAAAACAAGACCAAGUUUUCGCAUUUUACGAUACCCUCGACAUCGCAGAAAAAGCUGCUCUUUACGAACAACUCUCCAAUUUCGAUCCAGAAUACAUUAAUGAAAUCACCGAUAAAGCACUUAAUCCACCCAAAGCUCAAGAUGUCGACGAAGGAACGGGUCUUGAACCACUCCCUGAAUCUGCAACUGCCAGUAUCCUCGAUUCAAAAGCUGAAGACAUUGAGAAGUGGUAUGGGAUGGGCUUGGAUUUAAUGGCAGAGAAUAAGGUCGCAGUCGUGCUGAUGGCUGGUGGCCAAGGAACCCGUUUAGGCAGUUCAGCUCCUAAGGGUUGCUUCAAUAUUGGUCUACCUUCCGAAAAAUCUCUUUUUCAAAUACAGGCAGAACGUAUUCGCAGAGUUCAAAGAUUGGCACAUAAGAAGGCUGGUCAUGCAGCAGAUAAGAAGGUGGUGGUUCCUUGGUAUGUUAUGACCAGUGGGCCAACACGAGGACCUACCGAAAAAUACUUUGAGGAAAAUGGUUACUUUGGUUUAGAAAAAGAAAACGUUAUUAUCUUCGAACAAGGUGUUCUUCCAUGUAUCUCGAAUGAUGGUAAGAUCCUUUUGGAGAGUAAGGGUAAGGUCGCUGUGGCACCGGAUGGAAAUGGUGGUAUUUACCAAGCCAUUGUCACAUCUAAUGUUUUAUCUGACAUGAAAAAGCGAGGCAUUCAACACAUUCACGCUUACUGUGUAGACAAUUGUCUUGUAAAGGUGGCAGAUCCAGUAUUUAUUGGAUUCUCGGCAUCUAAAGAUGUCGAUAUUGCUACCAAGGUUGUACGAAAGAGAAAUGCUACCGAAUCUGUUGGUCUGAUCCUCCUCAAGAAUGGCAAGCCAGAUGUUGUUGAAUAUUCCGAAAUCGAUAAGGAGACUGCUGAGGCCAAGGAUGCUAAGCAACCAGAUGUUUUGAAGUUCAGAGCAGCAAAUAUCGUUAAUCACUACUACUCUUUCCGAUUUCUGGAAUCGAUCCCCGUGUGGGCCCACAAAUUACCUCAUCAUGUUGCACGAAAGAAGAUUCCUUAUGUGGAUACUGAGAAUGGUACAACCGUCAAACCUGAGAAGCCAAACGGUAUCAAGCUUGAGCAAUUUGUUUUUGAUGUCUUUCCAAUGUUGGAACUUGACAAAUUUGCUUGUAUGGAAGUCAAACGUGAGGAUGAAUUCUCACCACUGAAGAAUGCAAAAGGAACCGGGGAGGAUGAUCCAGAUACUAGUAAGAAAGAUAUCAUGGACCAAGGGAAACGAUGGGUACAAGCCGCGGGUGCUACUGUUAUUGGGGAGAAUACUGAUGAUGGUAUCGAAGUUUCUCCAUUAAUCAGCUAUGGUGGAGAGGAAUUGGAUAAGCUAAAGGGCCGGACCAUUACGGCCCCAGCUGUCCUGGAGAAGGAGAUAUUGUAG